UGUUUUAAUCAUCAAUAAAGAAAAUCUUCUUCUUUUCUCCCUCUAUAUUUCGCAGCAUGUUAUCAGAGCCUUAGGGUGGUUCGAUCAUGAAUUUUAAGGCCGCCAUGGUUGGCUCAGGUUCAGCAUCUUCGGAUGCUACCAGUGCUGUGACGUCUUCGGAGGGAGGUAUUCAGCUUGCGGCUAUUUCUCUUUCUGAGAAUUCCCUUCAAAUUACCAUUCACAAAUUGAAUGGAAAAAAUUAUCUUGAGUGGUGUCAGUCCGUGUGGUUGGUGAUUGACGGCAAAGGGAAACUCGACUACUUGAAUGGCGAAGUAAAACCGCCAACCACUGAUGAUCCAAAGUACAGGCAGUGGCGUUCUGAAAAUUCUAUGGUUACCGCCUGCCUGAUCAACUCUAUGGAUCCGGUGGUUGGAAAACCAUUCAUGUUUCUACCGACGGCUCGCGAUGUGUGGGAAGUUGUUAGGGAAACCUAUUCAGAUUUGGACAAUCAUUCACAACCAUUCGAACUAAAUACCCGAAUGUGGAAGAUGCAGCAAGGUGAACGUGAAGUAACAACCUAUUAUAAUGAAAUGAUGGCUGUUUGGCAGGAGUUGGAUUUAUUUGAAGAAGAAGAAUGGGAAAGUCCCAGUGACGGUGCUCGGUACAAAAAGAAGAUAGAAAGAGGUCGGGUUUUUGUCUUCUUGGCUGGUUUGAACAAAGAACUCGAUGAGGUUCGGGGACGUAUCUUAGGACGAAAGCCCUUGCCUACUCGGGAAACCUGCUAGAAGCUACACAGUUUUGUAUGCCCUUGUUAGACAGUUUUGUAUGCCCUUAGUUCCAAU